CCCAGCCGAUGGCGGAGAGAAGUGCGCAUGCGCGACUCUGGAGUGUGGGGUCUGUUUCGCCGUGCGGACGGCCUAUGGCUGGCGGCGGCGGUAGGCGACGAUGACUGAUUAUAGUGAGGAGCAGCGCAACGAGCUGGAGGCCUUGGAGUCCAUCUACCCGGACUCGUUCACGGUAUUGUCAGAAAAUCCAACAACUUUCACAAUCACUGUGACAUCUGAAGCAGGAGAAAAUGGUGAAACUGUCCAAACAACCCUUAAAUUUACCUAUAGAGAGAAAUACCCUGAUGAAACUCCGCUUUAUGAAAUAGUCUCACAGGAGAAUCUUGACGAUAAUGAUGUCACGGACAUAAUAAAACUACUAGAGCAACAGGUAGAAGAAAAUUUAGGAAUGGUAAUGAUCUUCACGCUAGUCUCAGCAGUACAGGAGAAAUUAAAUGAAAUAGUGGAUCUAAUAAAAACACGAAGAGAAGAGGAAAAGAAACAGAAAGAAAGAGAAGCAGAAGAAGAAGAGAAACAACGUUUUCAUGGCACUCCUGUUACCAUUGAGAAUUUCCUAAACUGGAAAGCAAAGUUUGAUGCAGAACUCCUAGAAAUAAAAAGGAAAAAAAUGAAAGAAGAGGAACAAGCAGGCAAAAAUAAAUUAAGUGGUAAACAGCUGUUUGAAAUGGAUCACAACCUUGACACUUCUGAUAUCCAGUUUCUGGAGGAAGCUGGAAACAGCGUGGAGGUUGAUGAAUCUUUGUUCCAAGAAAUGGAUGAUCUAGAGUUGGAGGAUGAAGAGGAUGACCCUGACUACAACCCUGUUAAUUUAGAUAGUGAUUAGACUUUUCUGAACUGGCUCUGUCAUCAGUAUGGACAUACAUGAGGCGAGAGGGGCAGGCAGGAAAACCACAGCAUCUGUGGAUUUAGUAAUGUGUAUCCUGUUUCUUUUUGUUUUCUUUUUUUCAAAGAAAAAAAAUAUUUUAAACCCAGAAGAAUGGUCUUCUGAUGACUCUCAUCAUAAAUAAAUUUAUAGUAAUAUUUCAAAUGAGAACUUUGAGGGACAUUGACCUCUCUGAAAAUGCUAUUCUAUUUUCUCAUAUCUUUUCCUUCCCACUUCUGUAAUUAUCCUUUGAAGAGAUUUGACAACGAGCAAGAUAGAAAGAUGUUAUAGCAAGCACUAAACACACCUGCAUCUGAAGGCUGAGCAGCUGUUCUGCUAUCUUCUCCCCUGGGAUAUACAUGGGCAGCUUUGAUGAAUAAAAGGGAUUGCAUACUAUGCAGUUAUUUUUUCUUUUUCUUUGUUUUCUUUUUUUCUUCUGUGAAAUUUUAUAAAACUUAAAGUCAGUUCUGGUGCCCUCACCUAUCAGCUGUAGCUAGGCAGAAGCUGUCACAGUUUAAUAAGACAUAGCCUUUAAAGUUUAAUGGAAACCAUUUCCAUACUACUAAAGUAAAAUCUUUUGUCAUAGUUGAGAAUAAUAGUUUCAAAAUGUUUAAGUUUAAAAUGCUAACUUUAAGUCUGUAGAAAAAAACAAACAAAACAGAAUGAGAUUAAGUCCUCUUAUUGGAAUUUUUGAACUUUUGCAUCAAUGAACUUCAUGGUGGGGGGAAAUGCCUUAGGAAAGUUGAUUUGCAUUUGGUAACAGACUGUGUUAAAAUACCUGUUAGUGGAGUGCAGAUUAUGGUACCAGGAUUUAUGGAGUGCUUAUAGAUUUGAAUGUAAUGGAUGCUUUAAAAGCAUCUUGUUGUGCUAACCUUUACAGGUUGCCAAUGUACAGUAAGGGUACUAAACAAUUCAGCAAUGUUAACCAUUCUACUGAGUUGCUUACGGAGCUAUUAGCUUGGUAUUAGACGACUCUUCCCAUCCCACCUCCAAAAAAAAAACCCCAAACACUGCGAGAACUGUGUGUUUAAAUGCUGUGUUUGAGGCUGCAUCAGCUAGAAGGAUUACAACAUGGAUGAGGGUUUCAGAAGACAGCUUUCCAUACAGAGAAUGACCAGGCACCUCAAUGAUUAAACACUGUGUGCUGAAUUUAAAAUACUGUUAGUAGACUGCCUUAACUAUGCCAGCUUCAACCAUUGAAGAGGGUUGCACUAAAGUAUCACAGUGCUUAGGGGAAUAAUAAAUUUAUGAACUUUAAUAUUUGGAAAUUCCAUAUUCAAAAUAAAUUUAAUUCUGGAAAUAAUGGUGUAUAAGAUCCUCUGCUCAAAUAGCUGGACAACACCCAUUUCAGAUGAUCUUCAACAUGUUUCAGUAGUCUUUUCUCUUUGUAUGCUAGUAGAGAGAAAUAAAUGUUAAAGUACCCUGUAAAUACUUUUAUAAAUUAACCAUGUGCCUUUGUUCUUACUGUCCUCUAUUUGAUCUUUUUAAUUUUGGCUAUGAAGCAUAGAAUCUAGACAAGCAUCUAGAUUUCAGUGAUAAUGAAUGUUUCACAGCAAUAAGCAGGAUCUGUGUUCCAGCAGAGUUACCAAAUAUAUUAAAAUAUGAGCUAAUGUGGUAUUAAAUCUGACUUUUCCAAAGAUACGGUUGAUUUGAAAGCUUCAUAGUGACUACAUCAAGCUUCCUGUGUAAUUGCUAGAAUGCUUUAAAAUGCUCUUCAGCACUAAAAUUAAUUUACUUCUGGUAUGUCUCAAUUCAGCUGCAUAAAAAACAUUCAGCUCCCAAGGCUGCUUUCCAUUUUCAGCUAUGUAUGUUUAAAACUAGCCUUUUUUUAUAAAAAGGGUAAACUGGUUCUCUUUAUAUCUGGACUGAAUCCAAGAAUGCUGUGUAAUCUGUGCAAAAUGUGAUAAUCUGAGAAUAUUUUUUGAGUGGGUCACGGACAAGAAUCAUCUAUUUAUGAAAGAAAUUUUCUUGUUAAUGGUAUUUCUAGAUUAAUGAGAUUUUUCUAGUCUGUUUUCACACUAACAUAUUUAUUGAGUUUCAUGCAGAGGAUGUAUAGCUUAAAACUGUUAAAAUUAUGUCAACCAAGUUAAAAUCUGAAACUGUGUUUUCACUGUUACAUCUUGUAUUUCAAAGCAGAGGAAAUAAGGGUUGAAGUGACAAAAAAGAUAAAAAUGGGUAAACUCCAUUCCUCCAAGUCUUUGGAACAAGAUUCAAUGACUGAAUCUGAACUUCAGAUUUGUUUAGCUUUGUUAGCAAUUAACAUCUGUGAAAUAAAAGUGAAUUUGAGAGUAA